GUUAAAUUUCUCGAGGUUUUACGACCGUUCAUUUCCGUUUUGCCUGAAGUCUCGAAGCCCGAAAGAAAGGUAAGUUUUGUCGUAAAUGGCUCCAGAAGACACUGAAGCACCCUUUUUUGUCUAUCUAAAGAAUUGUACCGUUUCUUGCUUCACUUUUGCCUGCAUAUAAAGAAGAAAUGUUUGGCUAACACUAAGGGUACGUGGACUAACGCGUGUGGCCAAAUGAAGAUAGGAAACUAAAUGGAUAGUGUUUCUCAAGUUUCUCUAAAAAUUAUGGCUUUCUUCUUACAGAUCCAGUUUAGAGAAAAAGUACUAUGGACUGCAAUUACAUUGUUCAUCUUCCUUGUUUGUUGCCAGGUUGGUAAACCUUUUUUUCGUUCUUUUGAAGUUCAUCAGAAGUUCGAACCACAAAUAUUUUUUAAGCGCACGUAAGCUUUAUAUUAUCUCUUCAUUGUUCAACCGGCAUUUUACGGUUUCAUUCAAAAUGUAAUUUCAGGGUCGAAAGUGCCCAACAGUUUUGACCUUUUAUUCUUUAGAUUCCUUUGUUUGGCAUCAUGUCUUCGGAUUCUGCAGAUCCAUUCUACUGGAUGAGAGUAAUUUUAGCUUCUAACAGGGGUAAGUUCUACAGCCUUUAUAUUUUUGACUCGUCCAAAAUUCAAACCAGUAACCGUAAAAUUAGAUCUUGUUGUGCAGGUAAAAAGCACAAAUUUCACCACACCCUCAGCUGUUUUCUCGUAACUUUAAAAAUAAAGAAAAUUUUACGUUUAUUAUUAUUUUUUAUUUUAACGACAUUGAUCGUCAGGGUUUUUGUUGCUCAUUUGAAUGUCUCUCUAAAAGGAAGUAACUUCUUGCGGCCAUUUUAAGAGACUUCUGCGGUCUUUAUUUUUCUCCAAAUUCACGUUUAUCAGGGGAAGGGAAAAGUUCGUUACUUUGUAAAGGUCCAACUUUUAAUUUGUUAGUUGUAUUUUGGAAAUAUUCCCAUAUCACACAUGUAAUGAUGUAUGUUUUCUUUUAUUUCAUGAUCAAAUCAAGAGUUUGGACCCAUACAAAUACUUCUACUUCUCCUUUCUUUUCGUGAUCUUUUUUGUGUCAAAAUUUGUGCCUCUUGAAAUCAUUUAAACAGCUGGAAGAUACACUUUAGCUUAAGUGUCUUUGCUUACACUAGAAGGCAGAGAAUAAGAUUAAAAAAGAUACUGUUAAUUUUUUUUGAAUGAAAUAAUUAUAUGCAAAGUUGGUAUAUAUCGCAUAAACAUUUUGGACCCAUACAAAACACUGAAUGAGAAAUCUAAGUGUUUGAUAUGUUACUAAUAACCCUUUAAUGGUGAUUUACAAAAAAGCUUUCAUCAUUGCUGUCAAAGUGUAACAUAGUUUUUAUUUUAAUUUUAAUUUUUUGAGUUAGGGAUUGUGUACCUACUUAGAGCUAUAAUACAUCACGCCAGUUUUGUACAUACAGCAUAAAAACCCCUUUUAAAAUUAUUGUAUUGAAAAGCAUACACUGUCUUGACAUUUCUUGAAAUUUGCUGUUUCUUUUAGGUACCCUUAUGGAACUUGGAAUUUCCCCAAUAGUUACAUCUGGACUGAUUAUGCAGGUAUGGGUUGACUGCAAUUAUACUUAAAGCAUCUUGGGUAUUUACAUUGGAACUGGUCUAAUCUAACUUGAAAAAAAUAUCUCAGCUCCUGGCAGGUUCUAAAAUCAUUGAGGUUGGUGAUAGUCCUAAAGACAGAGCUCUCUUCAAUGGAUCUCAGAAAUGUAAGUACCUUCCAAGGUAGCAUAAUGAGGUUGCCAGAUCUUAGACUACACCAAAUGCACUUGGCAUUAGUGUUUUAGGACCAUCAAGGUAUUCAGUUCCUAAAAUGUCAAUGCUUUUUUGAACUUUGUACACUGGAGUUGGAAAUCGCUGGAAAUUUACCUAACAAUUUUCUAAACUGCAAUACAACAUUUGAUUUUGUUUACAAAGUACUUGUAGUUUAAUAUGCAGGCAUUAUGCCUGAUGUUCAGUGUACAGUCAAACAUCAACAGUUGAUGUAUAGUAUUAUGCUGAAAAUUAUGCUGGCAUAAUCUGCCAGACCCUACCCAGUCCCUCUGUAUGUAUUAAAGGAGCUAGGAUAUAUGGGGCUUAGAGGAGUUUAGUGUCCUUGACAGAGCUAUAAUAAACAAUGCACUGAUUAAGUGUUCUUUUCUAUUAGUAUUUGGCAUGAUUAUUACCAUUGGCCAGGCUGUGGUGUAUGUUAUGACUGGAAUGUAUGGUGACCCUUCUGAUCUUGGCCCUGGUAUCUGCCUUUUGAUUAUCAUUCAGGUAACUUGAGACAUGUUCAUUUUGUUUUAUGUGCUCUGUUCUUUGGUUAGCUAUUUUGAAUAAGGUUAGAUAUUGAAAUUGGCACUUUGAGUCUUUAUAGUCCUGAAGUGCAUUGUUUACACUUAACAUUAAUAACUGCAUCGUUAAAUGGAGGUUGGGUACGUGGCUAGAGUAUCCAGGAGCUUCCACUUUUGGCAGCCAGUCUCCAGAUUGAAGAAUGCCUUUAUGGCUGGCACAAUGGUGCAACCCAGCCAUGAGCACCCCACUCAUAAGGAAACAAAAGUCACCUGUCACAGUGAAAAUAUCAGUGGAGAAAGAAGCAUAGGGAGGAGGGGAGGGAAGAAGAAUUAAUUGAAAGAAACCUUGUGGCAGGAACAACCCAGCUGGAAGGAAACUCCGUGUACACCAGUGAAUCUCUUGAAGGAUUGAGCAAACUACUGGGCAUGUACAUGUGCAUGCUGACGUACCAUGGACCAAUAGUACAUUGUUAACCCCUUUAAAUGCCAUUUAAAUGCAUUGAAAUUUUGUUUCUUUUUACAGCUGUUUUGUGCUGGUCUCAUUGUGCUGCUUCUGGAUGAACUUUUGCAGAAAGGUUAUGGUUUGGGAUCUGGGUAAGUAGCUCAAUUUAAGUGUUUGUUUGCAACAAUUGCCAAACCGAACAAAUUUAGAAGAAUCCCUCAUUUAUAAAUCCACUUAUCUUGGUGAAAUGGCAUCAAGGCUUCAAUCGUGUGAGUUUGAUGACCCAAAACACUACUAAGACAGGGAAGAAUUGAUUCCACACAAAUUUGGUUUUUAUCUAGAAUAACUUUUCCUUCAUGGACAAAAUAAUUAGGGCUGGUUUACACGGCAAAGAACACUAGCACAAGCACAAGCACAGGAGAUGUUCACACAUCCAAUACAAAUGCAAGCACAGUGAGACAUGUAUGUGCAUUUAUGCAUUCUGGAUUCCAGCAUGGUCUUUCAACUUGCAUUUGGGCUUUUGUUUGCAAAUGCAAAUGCAAGCAGAAAUGCAGGCACAAGUGCUGAGGCAAGAAAUCAAACAUUUUCCAUUUCUCGCAUCUUUGCUUGCAUUUGUGAAGAUGUAGUCCACACAUUUGUAUUUUUUUUGUUUACAUUUAUGUUGAUGUUUUUUUUUACGUUAACCAGGUCUUAGUGCCACAAUAAGAGUCCCUUAUUAACUCAGAAUGGAUUAAGGAAACAAUAUAUGUAGUGUUAUGACAGUUAGUGCAAUUAUUUUAUUUUAUAAUUUUGUAGAAUCUCGUUGUUCAUUGCUACAAACAUCUGCGAGACCAUCGUGUGGAAAGCUUUCAGUCCAGCAACUAUCAAUACUGGCAGGGGUAUGUGGUUGAAUGCUUGGUCUUUAGAUGUUAGUUAUUGGGUUAGGCUAGUUUUAAUAGAUUUACAAGUAAUGUGCUUCAGUGUUUUCUUAAGCUUUUAUUUGGUAGUGACACGUAGAAAAUCAUUUUGGCCAUUUGUAGUAUCAGGGAUCUGGGGAAAAAGAGAAGUACUUAAUGAGAAAAAAGUAGUUAAAAAUAAACCAGGUCUGUCACUAAGAUUUCAAUUUAUUUUAUGUGUUAUUGGUAUGUUGGGAAUUAAUCUGCUAGUUCUAUGAAAGUAGCCGGAGGUCAUGAUGAUAGUAUCUAGAGGAAAUCUCUGGUCCCUCAGUUCUUAGUGACAUGCUGGAAAAACUAAUGAGCUGCCUCUUUUUUCAGGAACUGAAUUUGAAGGAGCAAUCAUUGCCCUCUUCCAUUUGCUGGCCACCAGAACAGAUAAAGUGCGUGGUCUGCGUGAAGCCUUCUAUCGUCAAAAUCUGCCAAAUCUUACCAACCUCAUUGCCACUAUCUUUGUCUUUGCAAUAGUUAUUUACUUCCAGGUAAUCAUGCAGUCUUGCAUGUUCUUCUUUUUUUUUUAUUGUUUAUUUAUGUGGUCUUAUGAAAAGGUACUGAAUAUUUCCAAGAGAAGUUGACUGUGAAGACUACAGUAGUACCAUGUGCAUUUUUUUUUAAUGAUUGCCAUGUCUGAUGACUUGGUUGUGUUGCCAGCUUCUUUGAUUGUCUCUCCUUCCACUCAUAUGAAGGAGGUAGAUGCAACUUAACCAAAUACUCAUCGAAUUGCCUGCAUUGGGAGCAUAGGGUAUCAUUGUCUCCACCUCUUUUUUCUGGGCCAGGGCUUUUGCUUUCUACCAGGCAAGGUAGACUGCUUGACAGUCUUUAUAACCCCACAAUAGUUGCAGUCGAAUGCCAUUUGAGGUAACACAAGUCAUUCAAGAUCGCUUUAGUUGAGUGCAAUUUCCAUAACCUAGAUUGAAUAUCUGUCUGCCUCUCUUCACAGGGCUUCCGUGUGGAUCUGCCAAUCAAGUCAGCUCGUUACAGAGGGCAGUACAGUUCAUACCCAAUCAAGCUUUUUUACACCUCAAACAUUCCCAUUAUCUUGCAAGUGAGUUCAAUAGACACUAUGCACAGUGUAUUUUUAGUCUGUCUGGGCAGACCAAACAAUCAAAUCUUAAUUGAGUUUCUCCCUAUAAAGCAGGUUACUUCUGUAUUACCACUUCUUCUAUAAAGGUUCCAAGCAUUGCCAAAUACUGGUACAUUAAAAGACAUCAUUCAUUAAAAAAUCACUGUUGUGGAUUGUUUUGUUCAGGAAAAGAAACUUCACCACGGUAGAAUCCUGAUUUCUUAUUUAAAACCCCUUGGUUUUUUUAAAAUUCCUGAUAAUUCACACCAAACUUAACUUCACUUCACCAGUCAAAUGUUGUAAUUUUACACCUGAGUUUUUCAAACCUUCUGAUAAUUUAAACCAUUGGAAAACCUUUAACACUCCUGCUUCAGUUAACAUUUUUCUUGGCUUAACCAUGGUUUCUAACCAUAAUGUAAAAUUGUCCAAAUCACUUUCUUUUUGUGGCUUCAAUUUUACUUUGCGUAGAUUUUGAAGGUGAAGCAGAAAUAGUAUUAUUGUGCGGCACUGCUCACGUGUGUUUCUCAAUUUUUUCUUUGACUUGUAGAGCGCUCUUGUGUCCAACAUCUAUGUCAUCUCCCAAAUGCUAUCAACAAAGUUUGGAGGAAAUUUCUUUGUUAAUAUCCUUGGAACUUGGGAGGUGGGUCUUUACAAGAUACAUCAUUGCCAAACUAACACCCUAGGGCACUUGCAAUGACCAUUAAACUCAUCACCAAUAGAUGAGCUUGGGUGCUGGUGCCCAAUUAGGGGAAGUCCUUGAAAAGUUCUUGAAUUCCAUUGUUCUUUGAAAAGUCCUUAAAUUUCUGUGCAAGUCCUUAAAAAAUUCCUUGCUUUUUGGUUGUCAAAGUCAGAAUAUAAAUCAUAGCUCAGAGAAUUUGAAGGUUAUUCACAUAAAGUGCUUUAUGUUUUAUACAAUAAUUAACUAUCAGUUUAAGACAAGGGAACUGAAGAAUGUAGAGUAGUUGGUGGAGCAAAUAGUUCAAGCCUUAAAGUCUUAUUAGAAUAGAAUACUGGGAAUGUGCAUUUUUGUACAAUCUCUCAUCCAGGGUUUAUACAAAAAAAAUGCAACCAUUUUUCAAGGACUUUCCAAGGACCACCAUUUAGGAAUAUAAUUUCACAGAGCUGUAUGGCCGGGUACUCACAUCGAAGUGCAGUGACAUGAUACCAUUGGGCUUCUCUCUUUCAUAUCUGCUUAUCAAUUUUAAGGGCACUUGGAAGUGCCAGCAGUGUUUAUUGAAAUGUGUAGGUGACAUACUGUAGACCUUGGAGGAAGGGGGAGGGGAUGAUGACAAACCCCACAGUACUUAACAUGUGCUAUGCUGCUGUGGUUACCUUGCGAAGAAGUUGAAAAGGCAACCCUCCAAGUUAAAGUUUUUGCUCAGUCGCCAUUUGGCAACCAACUCUUUUGGUUUAGGGAGACUUUUUUUUUACAAAUAAAGUUGCCAGCUGCAAUAUUUUAGGCGCCGUGGCGACCAAAAUGGUCGCAACUUAGAGGGUUGAAAGGUCGUAAGACAAAAACUAAAAUGUGGAAUGAUGUGACUCACCUUUCUGGAUGUGUUUGUAGGAAGCUGGUGGUGGCCCGGCCAGGUCAUACCCAACUGGUGGACUGUGUUAUUACAUGUCUCCUCCAGAGACAGUGGGCCACAUUAUAGAGGACCCCAUACAUGCUGUCUUAUACAUCUUCUUUAUGCUUGGCUCCUGUGCCUUCUUCUCUAAGACAUGGAUUGAUGUGUCUGGCUCUUCAGCCAAAGAUGUAAGUUUUAUUUCUUUUCUUCAUUUUGCAAAUGUGCAUUUUAAUUCAGAUUGGAAAUUCAGUUGGUUUUGUUACACAUUGCAUGGUUGGCCAAAUCUUAAGUUGUUUGUUAUAAUAUUGUUUUGACCCAAAUCUAAAUACACUCAGCUAUUUUCUUAAUUAAAUACCUUGUGAUUUGUGAUCAGUUUUUGUGACCCUUGUAUUGUAACAAACAGGUUUUCACUGUAGUGGCAGUCAAUUUUCUCUUAAACCUUUUUUUUAUUAUUUCUGGAAUAUCCUGUCAGUAUUUGUGAUGGGGGAAGUGACGGGUGAAGAGAGUGUGGAAUGCAGUAUACGGUACAUAGCACAAAAUUACAUUGAAGUGUUAUUAUUUCUCUCAUUAAGAGUUUGGUUCUCUUUGUUACUUCUUCAGGUUGCUAAGCAGCUUAAAGAACAACAAAUGGUGAUGCGAGGCCACCGGGACAAGUCUAUGGUCCAUGAGCUGAACAGGUAAAUUUUCCUUACUUAUGUUAACUACUUUAACUGUAAGACGUCUAUAUCAAGUGCACAGGCAGUUUUGUCUAACUCUUUGCUUUACUGGUUACUGGAAUAAUUGAAUUUGAAUUUGAAAGAAAAUAAUCUUUGUUUUUUGUCAUAAAAGGUACAUCCCUACUGCUGCAGCCUUUGGUGGUCUUUGUAUUGGAGCUUUGUCUGUCCUGGCUGACUUUAUGGGUGAGUUCAUUGAGUUUAGCUUAUACCCACCUCUCUUCACCGAGCUCUUGGUCAUGGCACUAGCCUCAUUAUAAUGACAUAAUCCUCUGUUUUCACUGUCAUGCCAUCAAAAAUAAAAAAUGCAAACCAUUCAAUACAGAAAUUGAGAAUCAGAGAAAUAAAAGAAGAGCCUCACCAAAAAUCAGGUUUGUGUGAUAUUACACAUAUGUGAGAUAUUCGAAAAAAUGUUUGGCCCAAAUUUACAAAGCUUUGUAGGAAGACAGCAGGGGGCACAAAUAUGGCGGCUGGAAACUAACAAAAACAUGUCUUUAAAGGUUUUUUUUUACAAAAGCGGGAGUACAUCACUGGAGGAACUCGGGAAGAUUAAAGUAAUAUUCAUUCUGAGACAAAGAAUGUUUAGAUAGCAAAAUCUUAAAAAAAUCGGUAACAAUUUUAACCCACAUAAGAGCUUUCCCGAACACCAACUAAAUGCCACAUCAUGCAAAGGCUUGGAAAUUCAAGCAUCCUCUAUACGAAAAUUUCGAACCCUUUUGAACAGCAGAUAUGAAUAAAUAAAGGUGUUUGCAUGCUGUAAUACCUCAUGAAAGUAGAAACUCUGAAAAAUCGAUAAUUGCUUACUGUAUUUAUUCCAAUAAGCGCCCAACCUCGAAUUAGCGCCCACUUUCAAGGUCCAAAAAUUUAAUAAGCGCCCAGGGCGGUUAAUCGAAUAAAUACGGUAGUUGGAAUUUUGGUAAUGUCAUGUGAAAACCGAAAAUAUUAGGAUAGUGAGACCAUUGGGACCAGCCUACAUUACAUAACUUUUACUUUGUUUCAUAAAUCUCCUUGUUUAGUGGUCAUCUACUGUGUGUGAAGCUGAUGUUUAGCUAUCACUUAUUCUCUUUUCAGGUGCAAUUGGGUCUGGAACUGGAAUUUUACUGGCCGUCACCAUCAUUUACCAGUAUUUUGAAAUCUUUGUCAAGGAGCAGAGCGAAAUGGGAGGCAUGGGAACUCUUCUGUUUUAA